CAUAUAUAUAUACAUGUGACAGAACCAAAUGAUCACAACAUGGGUUCAAGAGAGACCAUGGCGCACAAAGCAUCUGAUUCAGAGAAUGAAAUUACCACAUUACGAGCAAAGCUCUUUCAACAUGAAAGGCCUAUACAUGAAGUUCUUGGAGGAGGAAAAGUCGCAGACGUGUUAUUAUGGAAGAACAAAAAUGUAUCAGCUGCCCUAUUGCUUGGAGUGACAGCCAUAUGGUUUCUAUUUGAGGUGGUCGAGUACAAUUUGGUGACCCUGCUCUGUCACGUUUCCAUUACCACCAUGCUUCUGCUCUUUAUUUGGUCCACACUUGCAGAUAUCUUAAAAUGGAGUGGUCCCCAGAUCCCAGAUAUUAUUUUACAGGAUUCUUUCUUCCAAAGCCUUGCUUCCAUCAUCCACACAAGAUUUAAUCAGUUUAUUCAAACACUCCUUUACAUUUCUUAUGGAAAAGAUCUACCGCGGUUUUUCCUGAUCAUUGUUUCCCUCUAUAUCUUGGCAGUGAUUGGAACCUACUUCAGAUUUGUCAAUCUGCUUUACUUUGGUUGUCUAUGCGUGCAAAUCCUGCCUUUUUUGUACGAACGAUAUGAGCGAGAGAUUGACAAUCUUGUUGGAGAUGUCAUCCUCGACCUGAGGAAGAAAUAUAUAAAGUUCGAAAAGAAAUAUCUGAACAAAAUCCCCAGAGGACCAGUAAAGGAAAAGAAGAUCAGAUAAACCUGCUACACAACGUUUGAGUCACCUGCGCAGCCAGGGCGUCAAAGUUAUGUCAUGAAUAAUAUAGUGAUCAAUGUACACAUGAUACAAGUGCACUGAUAUGUACAUACACUCAUGCUUUCAGAAUAUCAAUUUUAAUGUUCAAUGCGAUUAUGAGGAGUAGAUUUGAUUUGGAUA